AUGGAUUAUUAUAAAACUUUAGCUGGAUAUUAUAUCAGUAAGAAUAUUAGAUAUCUAAAGAGUUUUACACCUUUGACUCUUGAAGUGGUAACACAAAACGAUUUCACAGUGUCUUGGUUGGAAUGGGCUAUGAAUGGUGAGAGUAAAUCAUUCAAAUCAUAUAGAUUAACCGGCUUUGAGCUGAACGACAAGGUUACCGGUGGUUUUGUCAGUGAUAUUACAAGAGUGAACUUGACUUGGGAGUUGCGUGCCGGACAACAACCAGCGAGUCAGGCACCGCCAUCUACUGUGCUGGUCAAAUGUAUCAAGCAGGAUUUCUAUAAUUUCCGUAUUGCUCAGACAAUGGCAUUCCACAGAGAAGCUUGGUUCUUCUUGAAUUGGCACAAGCUCGACUUGGGAAUCGACCUGAUGCCACGUUGCUACCAUGCUUCCAUCUCUAAAGAUUCUACAAAUUUCAUCAUUUUGAUGGAAGAUCUCGGCAAUGGAAAGGCAUACAAUGGAAGUGUGCUUCUCGGUAACCAGUGUUGGGGUGAGCCCAAGGAGGAGUUGCCACCUCACCUCAGAAGAUUCACAUUCGAUUCCAUUGCAAUGUUGGAGGAGAUCUUUGUAAAGAUGGCCGAUUUCCAUUCAAAAACAUGGCGUCGUGCAUCGUUGUUGGAUGUGCCCGAGUUGAAUUUUGCCAAGUGGCUCAAAGGUGAAGAUCGUUCACAAUGGGAGCUUGGUAUCUCUACAAUCCGCAAACUCUGGGCCAACUUGAAACAGAGCAAGACUGCUUCACAAAUGUCAAAGGUCUUGGUUGAAACAAUGGAUAAAGCACUUGCUAACACAAACUGGGAAAAGUUCCAAGGUCAAUUCAAUAUCAACCUCAAUCCAACUUUGCCGUACUGUUUGAUUCAUGGUGAUUUCCACGGUGCCAAUCUCCUGUGGAAUCCAGAGCCUGCAGUUCAUAGAAAGUCAAGUUACAACAACGACGAAGCUGAAGAAGUCAAUCAACAACCAACCAAUUCAUCAGAUAAACCACCAUUCUAUUUGGUAGAUUGGGCUGGUGUAGGUGUUUUCUGUCCAUUCACUGAUUUGGCGCAGUUUGUAAUUUCCAAUGUUGAAAUUUCCUAUCGUCAAAUGAAUGAAGAGAGAAUCCUCAGACUCUACUGGAAUAAAUUAAUUUCCAACGGAGUAAUCAAUGCCCGCGAUUAUCCAUUCCACAAAUGCUACGAACGCUAUAUCCUCGGUGGUACUGAACGUUGGUUGCAAAUGUUUACUUUGAUGGCACCGUCAAUACCUGAUUUCGCUGUUGAAUAUUUCCAUAACCAAGUAGCUUCAUUUAUUGUCGACCACAAAGAUAUCAUCGAUGAAAAUGAAUUGGCACUAAUGUCAUCAUACCCUCUUGUAGAAUUCCAAGUUGAUCUCAAAUAA